AUGGAAUUGGAAGGUAAGGGAAUGAUAUGUGAAUGGGCACCUAAGGUUGAGAUAUUAGCACAUAAGGCUAUUGGUAGAUUUGUUUCACAUUGUGGAUGGAAUUCUAUUCUGAAAAGUUUGUGGUUUGGUGUUCUAAUAUUGACAUGGCCUAUUUAUGCAGAACAGCAGCAUAAUGCUUUUAGGAUGGUGAAGAAAUUGGAGCUAGUUGUGGAGUUGAGAGUGGAUUAUAGAAUAGGUAGUAAAGAAGUCAUGGCUAAGGAGAUUGAAAAAGGGUUGAAGGAUUUGAUGGAUAGAGAUAACAUUGUUCAAAAGAAGGUUCAAGAGAUUAAAGAGAAGGCUAGAAAUGUUGUUGCAAGUGGUGGAUCUUCUUUCAUUUAUGUUGGAAAACUUAUUGAUAAUAUUUUAGGAAGCAACUGA